UCUCGGAGCGGAGACGGCAAAUGGCGGACUUCGAUACCUACGACGAUCGGGCCUACAGCAGCUUCGGCGGCGGCAGGGGGUCCCGUGGCAGUGCUGGUGGCCAUGGUUCCCACAGCCAGAAGGAGCUGCCCACAGAGCCCCCCUACACAGCAUAUGUGGGUAAUCUAACUUUUAACACAGUUCAGGGCGACAUAGACGCUAUCUUUAAGGAUCUCAGCAUAAGGAGUGUACGGCUAGUCAGAGACAAAGACACAGACAAAUUUAAAGGAUUCUGCUAUGUAGAAUUUGAUGAAGUGGAUUCCCUUAAGGAAGCCUUGACAUACGACGGUGCACUCUUGGGUGACCGGUCACUCCGCGUGGACAUUGCAGAAGGCAGAAAGCAAGACAAAGGCGGCUUCGGGUUCAGGAAAGGCGGACCCGACGACAGAGGUUUCGGGGAUGACUUCUUAGGAGGCCGGGGAGGGAGUCGCCCAGGUGACCGGCGAACAGGCCCCCCAGUGGGAAGUCGUUUCAGAGAUGGCCCUCCCCUUCGAGGGUCCAAUAUGGAUUUCAGAGAGCCAACAGAAGAGGAAAGAGCACAGAGACCACGGCUCCAGCUUAAACCUCGAACAGUUGCAACGCCCCUCAAUCAAGUAGCCAACCCCAACUCUGCCAUCUUCGGGGGAGCCAGGCCCAGAGAGGAAGUCGUUCACAAGGAGCAAGAAUGAGCGUGCGGUGGGGAGGGAAUGGGCUGUGGGGGGCGCGCGAGCGAGACCACAGCCUGGCUAGCCCCCCGGACCGGCAGUCCUGCAGUUACCAUUCCUGCGCCUGGCCUUUGUCCUCCUUUCUUACAACGGAAACACAGAGCUUGUGAGUGCAUGUCAGCCGUUAACAAGUGGUUUUUAGUACAUUCUUGGCUUCGCUGCAUCUCCCUGGUGCCUGUUCUGUGCUUUUUUCCUGCCACUCCUCCCCUUUUCCUUCUGUCCCUCUCCUUCUCGCCCCUCGUCUCCUUCCAGCACACGCGCUGCUCCAGAGGGACAGAGGC